AAGAUCCAAGCAAAAAGAAGCAAGCUGAAGAAGCUGGUUGUUAUCCACAUCUAUUCUCACACAAGUGUAAAGAUAGAGGAAGUGGAGAAUAUAGAGAGGGGAAUUGUUGCGAAAAUGAGCCAUGCAACUUUCCUGCAUGCAGAUUUGGAUGCAGACUGGACAAAGGACUUAUUUUGGGAUGACAAUGACAGGAAAAAGAGCCCUUAUUGGAUCAUUGUGAUGUCAGAAACACCAGCAGAUUUGGAUGCCAUUCAUGAACUUUUCUCCCAAUGGGAUAUAACUCCAUUGGGGUAUACCGAAAUGGGUCCGGAAGGACCCACUUGGAUGCCUACAUGCCGGACAAAGAUCCUCUCAUUGUCUGAUCUGAGUGCCUUCAUAGCGAAGAUCCAAGCAAAAAGAAGCAAGCUGAAGAAGCUGGUUGUUAUCCACAUCUAUUCUCACACAAGUGUAAAGAUAGAGGAAGUGGAGAAUAUAGAGAGGGGAAUUGUUGCGAAAAUGAGCCAUGCAACUUUCCUGCAUGCAGAUUUGGAUGCAGACUGGACAAAGGACUUAUUUUGGGAUGACAAUGACAGGAAAAAGAGCCCUUAUUGGAUCAUUGUGAUGUCAGAAACACCAGCAGAUUUGGAUGCCAUUCAUGAACUUUUCUCCCAAUGGGAUAUAACUCCAUUGGGGUAUACCGAAAUGGGUCCGGAAGGACCCACUUGGGUAUUUGGGGGGUAUUCGGGGAAUAUAGACUUGAAUGUGGCUAAAGAAAACAUAUUAGGGGCCUCAUCCCCGAAAAUGUUCACAUUCACACGGAAGCGGUACUCGCUGGAA